GACGGAGGGAGCCGGCGGAGAGGCACCGGCCCGCUGCGCUCGCCCGCCGCCGCUGCCCGCCGCCCCAUGGAGCUGUGCCUGGGGCCCGCGCCGCCCUCGGGGUGGGCUCUGCCGCUCCUCCUCGCCCUGGGCGCCGCCGGGCUCAGCCACGGCAGCCCGCACCUGCCGUACUCCCGGCCGGGCUCCCGCAGCAAGAACUGGUGCGCCUACAUCGUGAACAAGAACGUGAGCUGCUCGGUGCUGGACGGGACGGAGAGCUACGUCCAGGCCCAGUACAAGUGCGCCUGGAACCAGUUCCCCUGCGAGCCCACCCUGGUAUACCGGACGAGUUUCAGACCUCGGUACACAGUUGCAUAUAAGACGGUGACAGAGCUGGAAUGGAGGUGUUGUCCUGGCUACAAAGGGGAGGACUGCAGGGAAGGACCAGCAGAAAAGCCAAACACUGCUCGACGUCCUGCAACACCAGCGAGAGCUGCUAUGAAGAAAGGCACAGAUGCAGAGCCAACACAAGCGCCAGAGCCUCCACCAUAUGAGAAGAGAAUGCAGUUCCUUGAGGACGAAUUGUUUAGACUUACACGGUCUGUGAUUGAACUCCAGUCCUCUGUGGCAGGUGUGAAUGAAAACCUGAAGCUGACUGUACAAGAAGAUGCUAGCAAGAUGUUGGUCACUUGGCUGAACAACCUUUAUGACCGCCCGGAGCCUGACAGUGCAGUUGGUGGUGGAACAGACACUAUUCAGCUGCCAGGACUCCUCAGCAACAAAGACCAAAAAGACCCUUUUAUUGAUUUUGAAAUGGAAGAUAUAAAAGCUGAGCUAGCUGAGGUCAAAGAAGCCUUGAAGAUGAGGAAUGAUGAGCUGGAGGAGCUGAAUGGAAAAGUAAAAGGCUAUGAGGGACAAUUAAAACAACUGCAGGAGGCAGCACAAGGACCUACAAUAACAAUGCCCCGUGACAAUAUAUAUCAGGACUAUAUAGACUCAAAAUUUGAGUCCCUCAGGCAAGAAAUAAUGGAAGGAUUUGAGAAGAAAAUUGCAGAUCUGAAGAAUUCCUGUGACUAUAAACUAGAGGAUACUCAGCAGCAGUAUGAUGACAAUGAAAAUAACUGUGCAGGGAUAAUCGAUGUUAUAAGAGGAAAAGAGAAUGACUUGAGGAAAGAAAUAGAUACUCUCCGCACUCAGAUUCCAUCAAAUGACUCCAGUUGUUGCAAGAAGGGUGAGGGAAAUUAUUUUGACCAACAGAUGAAAGAUUUAGAUAAGAAGAUUGACAGAAUUGUGGAAGCACAGAGGAUCUUGAAUGUCAGAAUAGAUAAUGAAAUCAUUCGAUUGUCGACUCCAGAUCUGGAAGAUGUGUUUGGUGAGAGGCUGGAGGAGCUAGAUGCAAGGAUGAAUAUUACAGAACGAAAUGCUGAAGAACAUUGUUUUUAUGUUGAGGAGACUCUCCGUGGUGCUAUUGCUGCUGAGGUGGAUGAACUGAGAGAUUUGUUUGACCAAAAGCUGCGGGCGCUGGAGGUCAGGCUAGGCGGGACUAUUUUGGAGAUUGCCAACACCACGGACCCGGAUGGAAUGUUUGUUAAUCCUGGGCCUAUCUUGCCCAGUGACACAGGAUUUGUAAAUGAGCAGUUUACAGCAGAGAUGAAUUUUGUGAAGGACAAGCUGCUGUCGCUGGAACAGCUCUGUGGGCAGAAAUGUCAGUCUGCACCGCGAGGUUCGCAGGACCUUCAGAAACAGCUAGAAGGUUGUAACGACAAGUACAAUCACUUGCUUUUGAAAACAGAGAAUAAUUCUGUCAUCCUGCAGUCUCUAAAUAGCUCUCUUAAUGAGAAACUCAGCUCAAUUAAGAGUAACCAACGUGACAUCCAGAAAAUGCAGAGAGACGUACGUGUAUUCCGAUACAAUCUGAAUGCCAUUGAUAAAGAUAUGAAAAAUCUUCAGGAUGGCCUGAGUAGCUGCAGGGAGCAGCUUCUGGGUGUCAAUUCGACAUGCAGAAAAACACAAAGAGGUGUCUUCCGAAAAAUUGAUCAAAUGCAGAGGACAUUUGCAAAUCAAACUGCACAUUCCAGUGAGAAUUGUUGUGGUGAAGUGAAAGACAGACUAGAACAGUUGAAUGACCAUGUCCUGAAUGAUCUUAGCAAGUGCAAAGAAAAGACCCAAGGGGUCCAGGAGGGUGUUUCAGAUGUUGAGAGCAGAGUCUCACAUAUUGAAAAAGUCUGUGGCAAGCUGGACUCUGUUUCAGACAGCUUGCAGAAUAUAAAAGAGGGUCUGAAUAAGCACGUGAGCAGCUUAUGGAACUGCAUCCGUGAAAUGAAUGGAACUAUAGCAUCUCAUUCCACUGAUAUUUCUGGCCUCAAAAGCUCUGUCCAACAGUUUCACAGUCAAGUUUCCAAAAUCACCACAGACAUUGAAGGCAUGCUGAAAUCUCAGCCUGACACAAGGCGACCAGAAGUACCACAGCAGCCGAGGCCACCCGUGCAGCCCCAGCCUGGCAUAUCCCUGCUGCCAUCACGGCCCAGGAUACACCCCCCGCGACAGAGGAUCCCCCUCCUCCCACCACAGCUGAGACCUCCUCCACGCCCAGCCCUGCCAGGGUCAGCAGUUGUGCCACUUCUGCCUGGAACAACCGGCAUCAUCCUGGAGACUGGGGAGGCAGGACCUCCUGGCACGGUUUUGAUGUCUGGGAGAGGGCGUCUUAGGAGUGUGGAUGGCCAGGCUGGCCAGAGUACCAUGCCCAUUGCUGAAGGCUAUGCUGGAGCACCAGGAUAUCCAAAGUCAUCUCAUUCUACCACAGAUUCACAAGGACCUGCCACUGCUGCUGUGCCCUCUCUGGUGUCAUUUUCUGCCGGGCUCACACAGAAGCCUUUCUCCAGUGAUGUCGGCGUGGUUCACUUCAACAAAGUGCUUGUGAAUGACGGGGACUAUUAUAACCCCAACACAGGCAUUUUCACAUCGCCGUUUGAGGGGCGCUACCUGAUCACCGCCGUGCUGGCCCCGGAGAGGGAUGAGUACGUGGAAGCCGUGCUGUCUGUCUCCAACGCCAGCGUGGCUCAGCUCCACACUGCUGGCUACAGAAGGGAACUGCUGGAGUAUCACAAACCCUACUCGGGGAAACAGACCUGUGGUGGUCCUGGGACGUUCCACCUUGUUCUUCACCUCAAAGCAGGAGAUGAAGUAAACGUCGUUGUAACGGGAGGCAAACUGGCCUACACAGACUCUGACGAAAUGUACUCCACGUUUAGUGGAGUUCUCCUUUAUCCUUCCAUUUCUCAUGUUUAGGUUCACCUUGAACAGGGGAGAAGGGUAAGAUAUUCAGAAGAAAUUAAGUGUAAUAAAAUUCAAAGCUUUAAUAUAUUCAGUUUAUAUAUUUGAUUUCAGUGAUGGGUUUAUAGUCUAUAAGAAAACAUUUUCCUUGUCCCUUGUUUCCAGAGGUAGCUACAAAAGACACAUUUCUGUAGCUAGAUGAACUCUUUUCUAAGCCCUUUAUCUGUACAAGCAGAACAACUGUUUAAACAAGAAGUAUGUUCUCAAUAGAUACUUCUCGACUGUGCUCCUGCUAUUCCCUAGCCAAUUGCCUUUGCAAUCUUUUCCCUAGUUUUUCAAAUUGUCCCUAGUGUAUCAAAGUUUACAUUUUUGCUCAAGUUUACAGUUGUGGCCAGCUAUUUUCAUGUUUUCAGUAAAGCAGAGCCAAGAAAGUGAAAUUGUAGUGGAGAUGGUUGAUGACUUUUUAUUCCUUGUAUUAUUUAGUAAUGUGCGUUGGCAUAAUCAAUUUGUUCAGUACAAUUGCAAACCGUGGUGGUGAAAAGCAAAAUGAUAUUCACCUGCAUCAGUUUUCUUUUUUGCCUUUAAGGGCCAAACACUGUGCUAGGAGCCAAGGUGUGUGACUCAGUUAGGUGGAAGCAGCAGCACAGGGAGAAACUUGCCUCAGCUUUCCACUGGGAAGAUGUGAAUGCAAGGUGCAGUUGGUACUACUGAAAGAUUUAGAAGAGUUUUUGUCUAUUUAUGGAGUAAAAAAGAUGAUUGGUUAUUCAUGAUGCUCCUGAGAUUAAAGCUUGCUGCUGGAAAUUAAUAAAAACAGGUCAGAAAAAUCAGAAUCAAUUUUGCUUAGCUAGAAGAGUAGUGAUUUUGUAGUUUAAAAAAAUUUACAGAGCUUGUUUCUGGCAGUCCAGCAGUAUUUGCAUUAGAAGAGAAGUUUUUGUCUUUGGUGCAUUGUAGAAGACAAAUCAGAGAAAAAAUGGUUGAUAGAGGAAAGUAACAUUAUUAGUCAAUAUUGCCAAAUGCACAAACCAACCCUCUGCCAGAGUGGUUGUGGCAGCCUCCUGCAUCAGAGUGAGGUUUGUUUCAACAAUCAGCAUCUGUUUAUAUGGAUAAAGCAGCCUUCUUAGCUUAAACAGAUAAACACAUCUGAGGCCGCAGGAUUUUAUUUUGCACACUAGCCACUUCUCAGUGGAGGUAAUGAAAAUGAUGCUUUGGCUCUUAGGAGUUAACAUUUUGAUCACUUCUGUGGCUGAAAAGAAAUCCAGCCAUGUUUAACUGAGAGCAGAACUGUAUAUUCAUUUUUCCCAUGUACAUAUAUUUGGCACCUGUACAUUCUUUAUAUCAACUGACUUUUUAAUAGUCUGUUCAUGCCACAUAGAGCUGUAUUUAUCAUAGUGGUUUGUGUAUUGUAUUUUCCUUAUUACAAAUGCAGAACAGCUGUUUGUAGCUUCAGAACAAACAACUUUUUUAGGUGAGGGAAGAACUCACUGAGCUGUAAAGCAGUAUAUUGUAUUUAGCUGAAGCUCUUCCCAUCUGAGGAGGUCAGAUGAAGACUUGUGCUUUUGUUACUUAGUUUUGGAACACAUACUCCCUAAUAACUAUGUUUCCAGGCAAUGAGUUGAGGCCUUCCCACAACAAACUAUCACAUCCUGGAAGCUGAACUGCUUUAAGACAUACAGGAAAAAAAAACUUUCUGUCCACAGAGGACCUCUGAGUCAGUCCUAGUGCAGCUAGGGUUGCACUGGGGCAGCUGUGAGCACAGGAAGGAAACUGUGAGUGGAGUUUUAAGGCACCUGAUUUGGGAAGAUCUCUUGACACCUGAUUUCCAGAAAUGACGGUGUCAGAGACAAGCAGAAGCUGGGGCUGGCUGUGUCUGUAGGAGGAAGGCUGUUUCUGACAGAGCAGCUGGUCUCAGCAGCCAAAGAUGUACAGUGACCAUGCACUUGCGCUGAUCGAAGGAGCCGCCUCCGUCUCGUUUCCCUGCCGGUGUUUCUGGACCUGUGCAUUACCAGGCAGUCAGCAACCCCACGCUUGUUCAAGGGGGGCUUAGCUUUUUGUCCUUUCUCUCCCGUGCCUUCCUGGGGCUCAGAAAGGUAGGGACAGACAGGAAGGGUUGUUUUCUGUGUUGUUAAAAGCCAAGUGUAUAAUACGCUUUUUCUUCGUUUUAAAAACAUAGUUUCUUGUUACGUACAAAAGCCAGAGAAGCACUUUUCCUUUCAGGAUAUUUUUCACUCUCCUCGAGAAAGCUGUGUUCUCUAAGAAGCUGGCUCCAGACUAUGUAUGACUCAAGAUUAUUGUUGCCUGUUCUAAAAAUGACUCAUGGAAACAAACAAAAUGAGCUGAGUGCUUGGGGAGACCUCGCUGGCAAACACAACCUUAUUGUUCCACCUCCCUCCAAGUGAGAAAUUUUUAAGAAUCAGCAGUGCAAAUUUAGUGGUAAGAGUUGCAAAUCAAUUAUUUAAUUAUUAUCAAUAAUUUAAUUAUUACCUAACUGCUCCAGGAGAUUCCUAAAUCCAACCCACAAAUCCUCACAAGCCCAGUUCUGCUAAUGGGACAGGGCCAUCUUCACCAGAGUUUCCCUUCAGACCCAGGAUCUGCUGCUGCCUGUGCUGGGACAGUUUAAGCACUCAAAAUGCAGCGUAACUGAUACUUGUACACUGCUGUAGGGCAUUCCCUAAACUGUGCCACAGCAGGGUGCAAUCCCAGCACCUUGUUUUGAGGACUUCUUUAGACUUUUGUGGGGCAGCUUCCCAUUCAUCUCUAGCUGUGAUCGGUGGGUAAAGUUAUGACCUUUUACAAGGAACCUCUAUCUAAGAUUCCCAUCUUUGUUGAGAAGGAUUUGACCCUUAAUUUGCACUUCCUUGGUAAUUGCUGUAAUCAGGGUAGGUGGUUUGGUUCCUCCUAAUGAGGUUAUUUUCUUGGAGCUUACAAGGUGGAAUAUUCACCCACCUGGGAAGACCACAGAGAUGCAGCCCAUGAAUAGGGAAAGGGAGAAUGAAACCCGAGUUUGUCUCUGCUCCAGUCAGUGCUUGGAUUAAAUAUUAAUAAUGCAAGAGCUGCAAGAGACUCAGGCACAAAUGCAUUUAUAGGCCUGACAAGGGUUGGCUCCACACAGAGCAGCCCAGCUUCAAAGGAAGGAGCAAGUUCUCUGCUCCAGAAUACCUGAGCCUGCUGACAGAGCAUUUACAUCUCUGGUGAGAAUCAGCAGCAGCAUACAGAAAGACCUGCACUGAAAGAGCAUUUCUCACUGUGGGUUUAUGAUUUUACUGCCACAUCCAGGAGAAUCCACAAGCUCAAAUAGGAAGCAUCUGUUAACUGAGAAAGCCUUAAAAAAACCCCAGUAGGUGGGAGCUCUAGGAUAGAACUGGUGCUUGUUUCACAGAUCACAGAGCUACCCUUUAGACCUGCUUUGCAGGUAGUUUACUAAUGCAGUACAUGAGAAUUGCAAGACUCUUAGACACUACAGUAGAUGUUGAGCCAAGUGCUCUUAUUUGACAUCAAAAUAGGAAGAAACUCAGAAAGAAGAAACUCACCUUCUACCAGCUGAAGCUGUAGAGGCAGAUGUGUGUCUGACAGUCCCUCAGCCAGGCACGAGGCCCUGUGGCUCCUCAGGGACUGCAAAUAUCCAAACCUGAUGAGUCUCCAGGGCAGCAUCACUUGUGAGACAGGUGAGUUCCCAGAGGCAGGGCUUUAGCAGCCAGAACAUGAAGCCAAGCCAGCAUGCUGACAGCCAGAGAGACUUGCCUCUGGCCAAACAUGGCAAGUGUAUCCUAAAACCCCAAUGUGACAUAUAAAUCAGUCAUAUCCCCAGGAAAGACUGCAGCAAAGCAGGAAUGCCAAUCUUCACUGUAAAAAAGUGCAAAAAAAUUCUACCUCAUUAUUUUAAUUUACUAUUAAGAUCUCUAGAGACAGCAUUUUUCUACUGUCCACUUUGAGUACACUCAAAGCUAUGAGGACUUUCUGUGGCAUUCUAUCACAUUUCCUUUCAGUGUACACCAGGCUAGUUGCACCAACCUUGUGCAGUGUCACUGAGACUCUAGUUGGUUUGGUGAAACCAGCUGGCCCAACAAGAAAAAUUAAAAAUAGCCAAGCAAGCUGUAGGUGGAAAGCAUAAGAAAGCAAUGAAACAACAUGCCCAUCACCACCCCAUGCAGCUUUAAAACAUGCUGGGAAUGCAAGGUAAAGAGUUCCCCAACUACAGUCAGGAGAUUCAAAUCAGGAUUGAACUCUUUCCUGAGAAUACAGCAUGCAUUUGGAAGUGAUGUUUGCUGAUUAGCUAAGUCCUUUUAUUACAGCCCUGUAGUGGUUAUGGGUCUCUUCCACUAAAAUUAGAAAUGCAUUUACAGUCUCAGCUUGGAGAUGGGAGGAAUAUGCGCUCCACCGAGACCUGCUAGCAGGUACAGGUCAGCUGCUGGUUGCUUCUGGAUAAUGGCACAGAGUUCAAACCAUCCAGCUACCAGGAAUACCUGGGGGCAGUCUCCUGUCAUCACAAGACAGACCUGUGCUCCAGCCAACAUAACCUUUUUGCAAUGUACCCUGCAGACUUGGGGUGCAGAGCAGCAGCUCUGCCAAUUUUUUGGGAGACUUCAAACAACACCUUGUAACAUGUUACUGCAUAAGCAGGCUUUGGCAUUUAUUUCUCUGUCUUGAUUGUGAAAAAAGGAACAUUAUUAACAUUUUUCAGCAAAAAGAACAGUGCAUUUCAAAGUAUGCUUUAGGUGUGCAUGUCUAUACAUAUAUUCAUGCAUAUAUAAAAAUAAUUUCAAAGGGGAAGAGAAAUAUCCAGGAACAUGAAGAAACUGUGUGACAGAAAACAACUGCAGAUAUGUCCAAAUAAAGCCUACCUCUUGUGUAAUUCCAUGAUGCUCUUUUGCUUUCCAGAGAAUACAGCAGCACUGUAAGCCAAAAUUUUUGUUCUCUUCUCCACCGCCUUUAGAACUGCAGUUUCUGGCUUCUCAGUCAAGCUUGCAUGUAGAUUUAAAAUGAUUAUUCUGUGUCAAGCACUGCGUUACAUAGACUUUGUAGUACUUGGAAGUUCUGCCAACACAGCUCUUGUCCAUCUUAGUUGCUCAGUCACUGCCCUGAUUCCUGGCAAAGAUGGUAGUUCAGUUGCAAGGGACCUACAGCAAGCACCUACUCCAAGAGCCUGACCAAUUCAGUGCUGGACAAAAGCUAAAGCAUGUUGGUCAAAGGCAUUGUCCUUUGCCUUUAAUGCCUCUUAAACACUGACAGGCUUGGGGAUCCUGAGACGGCCCCUCCACUCCUCCAGCACAGCAGGGGCAGAGCCCACAGGGGCAGGAUCUGGCAUCUGCAAGGCUGAGCCUGCCACUGCUGCAGCGAGUCUGUGCCUGCCUGACAAGCAGAUGGAGCAAGGGCUGUCCAUGGCCGGGAGUGCUGAGCAGCUGCACAGAGCACUCCUGGGCUGCACUCCCCUCCAUCCAUCCUGCUGGAAUGGGGUAUGUUUCCCAGUGACUGAGAGCACGGGCAGCCAGCCAUUCCCAUGGCCCUGGCAGGAGCCCCUUCUCUGUGGUAUAUCAAAGCAGCUUCAAGUUCAAGAGCAUGGGGAAUGCAGGGUGGCUUCCAGGGAAAAAGAAGCAUCCAGUGCCAUGUGGGGAGUGCACCUGGCUGCUUUAGACACAAGAGAUUCCAUAAAACUCUAGUUUGGGGAUCUUUGGGGGUUGUUGUUUGGACUUUGCUUGCUUGUUUGUUCAUUUUUACAAAUCACUCACCUUUGCAUUUGUCCUGGUUCUGGCUUGGACAGGGUUAAGUUUUGCAGCAGUGGUGAGCAACUGGAUAUGAAUUGUAUGCUCUGCUGUUCCUAUUGCUGUUGUUACUGUUCCUUAUUGCACUGCUGUUUCUAGUAAAUUGUUCUUAUCUCAACCUGUGAUCUUUAGCUCUGUGUGUCUCCAGCUGUCAUUGCCAGCCCUCCACAGGGGAAGAGAGGGAGCUGGAAGAGGGGUGAGAAAGCUCUGUGGUCUGGGGUAUUUCAGUGGGAAUACAAAAUUGGGGAAUACCAUUCCUAAACCAU